AGGGAGACUGUGGACUUUUUUCGGUUCAGUUUAUGAAGACUCAUGAGGUGAUCCACAGGGCUCCCUGGUCUUCCACGCUUGAACAGAUCCCGUGGAAAUGGGCCGCGACUCUUAACGUGGCAGCUGCGUGGGAGAGCAAUUAGAAGCGAAUUAUCAGCUGGUUGGUCCGCUCUUGUGAGUUUCGAUUAUCGAGGAGGAGACGACGGAGCGCAGUCAUGUCCCCGUCGCGGUGGACCCGCUGAGGCUCGCUCCAGUCCAGUCCAGUCCAGUUCAGUGAAGAAGAAGAAGAAGAAGAAGUUUUGGUGUGAUGGAGUGGCGAGAACAGUCGACGGUGAGCUGCCAGGACGCGUACGUGGAGGCUCGGCGAUGGAUCGAAGCAGUCACCAAGAAAACCUUUAAGGGCAGAGACUUCCGAUCGGCUCUGGAGAAUGGAAUUCUGCUGUGUGAUGUGAUCAACAAGAUCAAGCCUGGCAUCAUCAAGAGGGUCAACAGGCUGCCAACACCAAUCGCUGGUCUGGACAACAUUAACGUCUUCCUUAAGGCCUGCCUCAAGCUCGGACUCAAGGAGGCGCAGCUCUUUCACCCCGGAGACCUCCAAGACUUGUCGUCCAGAGUCACGGUCAAUGACGAAGAGACCGACCGGAGACUCACAAAUGUGCUGAUCACCCUUUAUUGGCUGGGUAGAAGAGCUCAGGGCGAGCGUUCCUACGAUGGCCCUUACCUGAAUUUCAAGGCGUUCGAGGGUUUACUGGGCACGGCACUUCACAAGGCUCUCCAAGAAUUGUCUGGUCAUAAAGGCAACAGCGUCCAAGACAGCGAUUUGGGUGACAACUGGUAUUCAGAGCGAGAGGAGCUUCAUCAGUUAAGAGGCAGCGAAGGAAGUGGAGCUGGACACAGGAGAGACGACUCCUUGGACAGCUUGGACUCUCUGAGCUCUCAACCGCUGAGCAUCUCAUCGGACGCCACGCUCAAAGGCAGCAGCGAGGGUUGUUGCAGCGACGCCGAGGCCGACGCAGCCUUCAGGAUGGCCGAUAACAAGGAGUCUCUUACUUAUCGCCGCUCCGUUUCCCUCACGCCGAAGGUCACCACCCAGUUCAACCAGUUCCUGCCCACUAAAGACAAGGCCACGGGAUACGUGCCCGCUCCGCUGAGGAAGAAACGGGCCGAGCGCAACGACGACAGCCGACGCAGCUGGGCCAACCCCGUUCACGGGGAGGAGGACGACUUCCCGAUCACUAGACAACGGCAAGCAUCAGACAGUUUCGAUGGGAGCAAAUCAACAAGCGACAUCUCGGAAGAACCUGUGCUGGUCAGACGGCGGUCUCAGUAUGAGGCUCUCGAGAAAUACCGCGAGCAGACCAAGAUGGGUGAUGAUAAGUGGCAGGAUGAUCUCAGCAAAUGGAAGAACCGGCGCAAGAGCGUCAACUCUGACAUCGUUAGAAAGAAAGAAGACAGGGAGAAGGUUGAGCAAAUCACGUCCGGCGGCAGCACCAGAAUCUCCAAGACCUACAAAGAGAUGCAAGAUGACCGGGAAAACAGGCGAAGCGGCAGCAUCGGCAGCCGCAUCGGGUUGCUCAGCUUUGACGACGACAGCGACGUAUUCGAGAGACCGAAACCCCGUACUCGAGACAGCCUGAGCAGGAGCUACACCGUUGACACCCUUUAUCACUCCUCUGGCUCAUCUGAAGCUGCCCAGAAAGAGGACAACCCGCCCGAUGUCCCGCUCAGAUCCACCAAACCGGAAGCCGAUGCUGCAAACGCUCCCGGCGGGACCGCCACCCGUAGCUCCUUCCACAGACCCAAACCUUCCGAGACCGCAUCCUCGCUCAGGAGUUCAGUCUUCGACCGUACGGCCAAAACGGAGGAGAGCUCGCCUCCUUCUCGAGCCUCACAAAAGGUUUCAGAGCCAAAGAACCCAGUCAAGGUGCAGCCCCCAUCAUCUGGUUCUCUGUACAAACCACCGCUGGCCAGAAAGACCGAAACCAACGCUGCAGCCGUUUCUCGGAUAUCCGCCUCGCUGCCUAGGAGCUACCAGAGAUCGGAUAGCGUGCGACUGUCAUCAGUGGUCACGCCCAGACCUUUUGGGACCCAGCGGUCCCGCCUCGGCUCACUUACCCGGACCCUCACAUCGGACGACUCCAACAGUCGCGUCAACGGCAGCGUCGCCGUUUCCAAGAACCCGCCGGUGCCGAGCCGCUAUCGUCAGUUCAUGACCGCCGAAGACGUGGCCCGGUCGCGGUCGAGCCCCGCCCACAGCAGCGAGGAUGAGGAUGACGACGACGAGCAAGAGGAGACCACGGGCAAGAGCGUCACGUCCGCGUCCAGCAUCUCAUCACACCCAGUCCACGUCAAGAGGGAAGUUUCAGCCAAGGAACCCCACAAGGAAAGUUCCUGCGAGAUGCGGAUCAGCCUGAACCAGAAGCCCAACAGCAGUCGAGACUUCGGCUUUGAUGUGGCGUGGGACUCUGGCGUGGCUCACGUCAAGUCCAUCCAAGCCGGCAGCCCAGCUGAGACGUUCCAGUUGCAGGCUGGGGACGAGGUGCUGACUGUCAACGGCCACCGGGUGGCGGACAUGAGCUACCUGGACUGGAAAGCCAGCAUGGACCGGGCUCUGCGAGAGGGCAGCGUGGUGAUGGACAUCAGGCGUCAUGGCAAGAGCAACUGGGACAGAGAUCCGUCUUCCCUGCCAUUUCAAGGCCAUAAGACCAUCAAUCUGACCCGUACGGAUCAUCCCAUACUUGUAGGUUUCCCCGACGCAGGCUCCGCCAACACGUUGGAUUUCACUUCGCUCACAGACACGUCCGCCAAGCUCGCCACCCACUCGGUGGUGGAUCUGGCUUCCAAUGGCGUCGAUGGUGUUUUCCCCAAAGUGUCCAUGAUGACCGCAGAAUCAGAGCCCAUUUCUAUGAUAAACUUAAAACGGAGGUCAGAGUUUUUUGAGAAAGGAGGAGCAGACUCUGCCAUGCCAAAUAUACUCGUUCCGCCAAUAACUACGUCUUCGACUCGCUGGUCUUGGGAUCCCGAAGAGGAGCGCAGGAGGCAGGAGAAGUGGCAGAGGGAGCAGGAGCGCCAACUACAGGAGAAAUAUAAGCGUGACCAGGAGAAAUUGCAGGAGGAGUGGACAAAGGCCCAGCAGGAGAUCUCCAGCAGUGUCCCACAACCCGAGCCCGUGGGCACGAGCUUCGCCUCCCGGGAGCUGGAGCGGCAGCGAGAGAGGCUGGAGCAAGAGAGGAAGAGGAGGGAGGAGGAGGAGGAGGAGGAGGAGCAGGAGCGCUCGAAGCUGGAGGUGGAAAGGAAGCGGGCGGAGGAAGUGUUUGAGCGCCAAAGGCAGGAGAUGCGGAGGCGGGAGGAGGAGCUGGAGCGAGAGAGACAGGAAGUGGAGAGGAAGAGGAGGGAGCAGGAGAAAGAACUGGAGCGCCAAAUGCAGGAGAUGAGGAGGAGGGAGGAAGAGCUCGAGCGCCAGAAGCAACAGGAGGAGGAGAGGGCGAGGGAGGAGGAGAGGAGGAAGAGGGAAGUGGAGGAGGAGCGCCAAAGGCAGGAGGAAGAGGAGAGGAGGAGGAGGAACAGGGAGAAGGAGGAGGAGGAGAGGAGGAAGAGGAAAGUGGAGGAGGAGCGCCAAAGGCAGGAGGAAGAGGAGAGGAGGAGGAGGAGCAGGGAGGAGGAGGAGGAGGAGAGGAGGAAGAGGGAAGUGGAGGAGGAGCGCCAAAGGCAGGAGGAAGAGGAGAGGAGGAGGAGGAGCAGGGAGGAGGAGGAGGAGGAGAGGAGGAAGAGGGAAGUGGAGGAGGAGCGCCAAAGGCAGGAGGAAGAGGAGAGGAGGAGGAGGAGCAGGGAGGAGGAGGAGAGGAGGCAGAGGGAGGAGGAGGAGGAGCUGCUGUGGCAGAGGAGGAGAGAGGCGGAGAAGGAGGAGCUGAGGAGGAGGCUGGCUGCCGCCGAGGAGCGCCAGCGGCGAGAGAGGGAGCGUGCCGUCGAGGGGCAACGGGCGAAGUCACUUGAGGAGGAAGAAAGACUUCAGAGCAGAGCGACAGGAAGCGACGUGACGGACGCAAAGGGUCCGCAGCCGACGUCGCAGGCGGAGCUUCAGCGCCAGCAGCUCCUGAACGACAUGAAAAAGAAGACCAACUUGCUGACGGACAGCAGCUGGAUCCGCCCACGCUCGGCCACCGCGCCCGCUCCCGAGGACCCGCCGUCCACGCGCAGGGGCGUCUCCCUCGACCGCCCGGAUAACCCCCACGACUCCUGGCGUUCGUCGUGGACACCCGGGAGCCACUCCCAUAUCCCAAACUACUCCCGGCCUCUCUCCGCCAGCGCUCCCUUUCACGGCGGCGGACGCUCCGGCUCGACCUUCCGGGGCCCGGCGGCCGAGACGACCCCCUGGUCUCGACGGUCGUCGUCCCCUUCGCCCUCUUCGCUGUCUCCCGCCGCCUCGCCAGAACCGGGUUCUGACGCAGGUGGUCGGCAGCAGCGCAGCAGGUCGGUGAGCGGUAAGAAAGUGUGCACGCUGUGCCACACGGCGCUGGGAAAGGGAGCGGCCAUGAUCAUCGAGUCCCUCGGCCUCUGUUAUCAUUUGACCUGUUUUAAGUGCAUCGACUGCAAGUCGGCCCUCGGGGGAUCGGAGGCCGGGGCUGAAGUCCGAAUCCGAAACAAGCAGCUCUACUGUAACUCCUGCUACGUGCGAUUCAAAAAGUGCAGUUAGUUGUCUGUGGCGGGCUCACGCGUGACUUUGCUUCAACGGAAAGAGGAAAAUCGUUUGUUAACGGCUCUCUUCCAGCUGGCGAGCCCACCUCGAUGUGACUCGAGCUUCGUCCGAAGACCGCGAGCGACAACAACCCGUCAUGCGCCAGCCUCCUCUUUGCUCCAAACGUCCGACUUCCGUCUCUUGAUUGCUGACAUUUGAAUCGUUUUGUGCUAAGUUUUGUUUGUUUCUGUUUUUUUCCAAGUGGGUAAGGCUGGUGUGUGUUUAGUGUGUAUGAUGUGAAGUAUUACAGCUGUCAAAAGGGUUCUUCUUCUUCUUCUACUUUUUCUUCUUCUUCAUACAACAUUUGGUUACUAGAAACGAGUGGGUAAACCUAAGGCCUGUGGACUCAUAUGCAGCCCAGGUGAACAUGAAAUCUGACAUGCAGUUCUAAAACAAAUCCAAGUAACUUUAAAAAAAAAAAAAAGGCCACAAAUGCAUAUAAUGUAUCAUAAUAAACAUAUUUUUUCAUGAAUGUAGUUUGGACCUUGGAGGAAAAUGGUUCCUCCCGCUUGCUCUAUAUAUUACUACCCCAUCUUGUUUGUAUUAUUAUUGUUUAUGAAUGAUAAUGACCCCCGUGGUGUUCAUUGUUCGUCCACCGAUUAUGUGCCUUUAUGUCAGUAACAGGGAGAAGAAAUUAAAAUUACAAUGAUCAUUAUCCAGACUGUAUUUAAUGAGAUGGAAUAUUAGGCAGGUUGUGAAGAAUAUAUGAUGUGUGAUGAGGGCACAGAGAUUUGUAAAUAAAGACUUGAACGCUGA